GAGCCUCCGAGAAAUGAAGUGUAUACGAUACAUACAUCCUCAAAUCAGAAGAAUGUUAAAUUAUCUAGUUACAGAAUAAUUUGGACACUAUGAUAUCACCGUGCUGGUUAUCCGCUCUAACAUUCCUCUUGCUGUUGGAUUUAACCUUUGCAAGACAGAUAGCAUUAUUGAUUAUUGAUGUCCAAAACUGUUUCCUACCUGGUGGAAGUCUAGCGGUAGCAGAAGGAGAUAAGGUGAUACCAGUGAUAAACAAUAUCCGGUCGGAAUAUAAAGCAGACAUUUCAUUGGUGGCUUUAUCACAAGACUGGCAUUGCAGUGACCACAUCUCGUUUGCGUCUCAGCACAAAGGUGCCGGUCCAGUCAUUCAGCUUUUGUAUGAUAAAUCAGGUUCCCUAUGUGAUGAAAACAAUAAUUGCACUGAAGUGGCAUACAAUCUUACACAACACCUAUGGCCCGAUCAUUGUGUUAUAAACACUUCAUCAGCUAAUUUUUCACUCAGCUUAACUCAAGAGCCAUCUGACAUUGUUAUUAGAAAAGGAUAUAACUGUAAGGUAGAUUCUUAUUCUGCAUUUUACGACAAUGGUGGUUUCCGUUAUACGGAAUUGCACGAUAAGCUCCAGGAAGCCGGAAUAGAGGCUAUAAUCAUAACAGGACUGGCACGUGAUUACUGUGUUUACUAUACAGCAAUGGAUGCUAAGCAACUGGGAUAUGAAACAUACGUUGUAUUAGAUGCGACAAGACCAGUUACCAAGGCAACAGGAGAUUCUGCGGUAGCUGAUAUGAAAAUAAAAGGUAUUCAUAUUAUCGAAUCACCUGAUGUAGCUACAGUAAUUGCACAGUUGACCAGUGAUGCAAUACAUUUACAGUCACCGUUUAUAAUUAUGAUUUCUAUGAUUUUAUGUUUCAUUAAGUGUGUCGUAUGCAUGUAGUAAAUUGUGUAUCUAUUUUUGUACAUGUAUGUAGUAAAUUGUCAAAUACAAAUUGAUUUACUAGGGAUGCACAUUUGUCGGCCAUUGCUUAAACCACUCAAAUUCCCGUAGAAGUUUGCAUCACAAUUUAAAACAUUUGACGUUAUAAUCUAAAAAUGAUUGUUGCAUGACGGCAUGAGGUUAUUCGGAGACAGAUCUAGGGUCAUUAAAUUUCAGCUAAAUACCCCAGUGUAAAUACAAUGAUCGAACGUAUCAUAAAUGAGUACUUUUUGUCAUACCUUAAAGCGGUGUACUUAAUUGUUGUUGGGUAUACACCAUUCGGCACAUGCUCAAUAAUUCCGUACCAAGAGUGAGGCAAAUGAAUCGUAUUUCAAAUUUUGACCUGAAGUGCUAUUGAUAGUUUUUUUUUAUUGCAAGUAGUUAAUUAAAUAAGAUAUAGAUCUAGAUUUAGAUAAUUUUUUUUUUUAAAAUGGACAUGUUUCAGAUAUUAGACUAGUCUAUUAUUAAACAUACAACAUAAACAUUAUAUUAUAACCUAUAUAUCAUUAUGAUAAAUAAAUAAAACAUGUCAUUGAAUUGA